AACGGCUCACAUUCGUUCACUGUCUUCUAUCACCCCCACUAACUUUCCUGCAAUAUAAUACAACAAAGGCUGGAAGAAAAAUUGCAGAGCUCCGAUUCCGUCACAACCGUUCUCUUUCAUCUCUGUCUCCGAUUUAAACUUCCGGCGGAGGUAUCUUAUUUCGUUAACAAGCUCGUUGACAGAUCAUUUUUAGUGACCUUUUUUUAUGUUGCCACCAAGAAUGAAUGAAUCAAUCAAUGAUAUUAUUUGUCUCGCCAUAGUGAUUUCUAAUUGUUGUUGUUUAAUCUUUAAAUAUAUUCUUUCAGCUCCUGUCCUCGCGAUAUAUGCAUUCUAUUCCUUAAUUUUGUAUGGAGCAGAAUAAGGAGAAAUGUUUGAUUGGAUUGUUCCUUUUUUGCACUGUAUUCUAAAAAAUCUCGUUACUUUGGUUUAUCAUAGUGUAGAGUAUUUAUCAAAUACUACACGACUUUUCAAUUUUUGUGUGAUAAAACUGAUAUAAAUCAUUAAUUAAGCAACCACGCAUAUUUUUAAAAUUUAUUGUUUUUUUAACCAAAUUAAUUGCAUAUGACUUUUUGACAAUUUCUAGCCAAAAAAUGUUUUGAAAUUUAUAUUGGUAUUUUACUAAGAGCUUUUUGAAAGAAUCUUCACAUAAUCCACGUUAUGCAAGUACAUGUUGAUAAUGGUAGCGGAUAACCAUAUGUUGGAAUAAUUUGAACUCUGAUUUUUGUUGUAUCCUUUUUUCUUUUAGCAUAGCUGCUUUAAUUAUUUAUUAUCCCAUUUUUUCCAUUUUUACAGUAGCUUGUAUAAGAUGGCAGAUGCAGAGGAUAUUCAACCUCUUGUCUGCGACAAUGGGACAGGAAUGGUCAAGGCUGGGUUUGCUGGAGACGAUGCUCCAAGAGCUGUGUUUCCUAGCAUUGUUGGCCGUCCCCGUCACACGGGUGUGAUGGUGGGUAUGGGCCAAAAGGAUGCAUAUGUUGGAGAUGAAGCUCAGUCAAAGCGUGGAAUUCUUACCCUGAAAUAUCCGAUUGAGCAUGGCAUUGUUAGCAACUGGGAUGAUAUGGAGAAAAUAUGGCAUCAUACGUUCUAUAACGAGCUUCGUGUUGCCCCUGAAGAGCACCCUGUACUUCUCACAGAAGCACCCCUUAACCCUAAGGCCAAUCGUGAGAAGAUGACUCAGAUUAUGUUUGAGACUUUUAACACCCCAGCUAUGUAUGUUGCCAUCCAAGCCGUUCUUUCACUGUACGCCAGCGGUCGUACCACUGGCAUUGUUUUGGACUCUGGUGAUGGUGUGAGCCACACAGUCCCCAUCUACGAGGGCUAUGCUCUUCCGCACGCUAUCCUUCGUCUUGAUUUGGCGGGCCGUGACCUGACAGAGCAUUUGAUGAAAAUCCUCACAGAGCGUGGCUAUACUCUCACCACCACGGCAGAACGGGAAAUCGUGAGGGACAUAAAAGAAAAGCUUGCUUAUAUAGCUCUUGACUAUGAGCAGGAGAUGGAAACCUCAAAGACAAGCUCUUCUGUUGAGAAGAGCUAUGAGCUGCCUGACGGGCAGGUCAUCACUAUAGGUGCCGAGCGUUUCCGUUGUCCUGAAGUUCUUUUCCAGCCUUCGAUUGUCGGAAUGGAAGCGGCAGGAAUUCAUGAAACCACAUACAACUCCAUCAUGAAAUGCGACGUUGAUAUUAGGAAGGACCUUUAUGGGAACAUUGUGCUUAGCGGUGGUUCUACAAUGUUUCCGGGCAUUGCUGAUAGGAUGAGCAAGGAAAUUACUGCAUUGGCCCCCAGUAGCAUGAAGAUCAAGGUGGUGGCGCCACCAGAGAGGAAAUACAGUGUCUGGAUCGGAGGGUCCAUUUUGGCCUCCCUCAGUACAUUCCAACAGAUGUGGAUUGCCAAGGCAGAAUAUGAUGAGUCUGGCCCGUCAAUUGUGCAUAGGAAGUGUUUUUAAAUUUCCAAGGACAAUGUUUCUGAGUCAGAGAUUCAUAUGGCCACCUUAUAUGCUGCUAUCUAUGUUUUCUGUAUUUCACAUGCUUGAUAUAUAUCAUUAUAUGAGACCUUUAGAAGGUAAGGAGUUGUUUUGGAUUUUGAAUGUUCCAAUUCAUUUAUUUCACCUGUUAUAUACUUUUUCUCUUGGUAACAUGCUUUCGUGGCAAUGAUCCAUUUGUGUUGUAUACAUACCCUUGUGAACAUGAUGCAAACUUUGGGUCCGUUUCGUAAUGGUCAUUCAACUUAAAUGGUCGAGAAGGGCCUUCAUAACAUUUAUUUCAGCCAAAGAAGUGAGAAGCUUCUGCUUCUGCAGGACCAUCAGUAACGUAUCUUGUUAACUGUAUUCAGGAAAGUUACAAUUAACUUCCGGUAUGAUGGUGAGAGAUGUGAAUGAAUGUGCUUUUGCUUUGUAGUGAAAUAAAUGAUGAGAUGUGAUCUUAUUAACUUCUCUGAUCAGAAACAUUCCAAUUUACUGCAAUAUUGAUCACUGUUAUGUUGUUAGACAGUGGAAAAGCUUUUUUUUAUAUCAUUGGUCAUUGAUCAUUGUUUCUUCUUUUUUACUUGCAAG